GGCUUAGGGGCGCCCCGAGUCGGGCCGCGGCCUUGCCCCGGAAGGAUGGCGCUCUGGGAGUUGCGAACAGGAGGGGGCAGAUUGAGCAGGGCCCCACUGCUGUCAAUGUUUGAGCGCCAGCGCCGCGCCACUGGCCGCCUGCGUGCCUCGUUUUGUUUGAAUCAAU